AUGACUGAAGUACGAAACUAUGAAGCCAUCGUUCAGUGCCUGUCUAGUGAAGUCGGUGAAAGGUCGGAAAGCAAUCCAUUGGACUUCUUCAUUAGCCUGAACUUUGACCCAGAAAACCUGAGAAGCAAGAGCAAAUCUGUGUGUGCUAAGCUACAAGCCUCAAACGACAACCUGGAGUGUGCAAAGGACAGUAACAAGACGCUGGCGUCUUUCUGUGCCGCUGGAUUUACCCGUGGUCUGCUCGACGUGUUUGGUUUGCACAAGGAGCGGAGGGCGCCACAGGAUGUGCUGCGAGGUAUCGCCUGCAGCGUGACCAAACAGACGACAUUUUGUAUCAAGGACACUCUUCCAGGGUGCUCGGAGGACGUUCGAAUGACGCUGAUCGGUUACUACUCCAUUUUCACCAACGAGACUUGUAUAGCGCAGCCUGGGGAGGAGUUACCCCAAAGAGUUCCUAAUAAGAACCCCAAGACUGCGCUUGUGAAGUGCACCCAAGAAGCAGAAGAGAAACUAUCAAGUGAGCAGCCGGAACCAAAACCAACAUCACUGGCCGAACUUGGCAUUUUGAGGUUGAAGACAAAUUGCAAAACAUACAUGGAUCGCUAUACGUGCUACGAGCGUGAGCUAGAGAACAUCACCAACUUCAUGGAUUUCUGGCUCUCUUUGACAUUUGACAGAAUCAACGCGGAGAACUCACAGAAAAACUAUUGCUCCCUGAUUGACGAACACGUGAUACCCAAGUUGACAAACGAAUGCUUCGAAAAGUCACAGCCGGCCCUGGAUGCCUGUGAGGAAGGAUUUGUAAACGAGGUGGAAACGAUCAGACGAGAAUGGUUCAACAACACAGACUUCGACGGCCUUCAACUUCAGACACUAGCAUGCAGGACGUCUGUGAUCAGAGCUACCUGCUUUGGCAACGCCAUGCAGCACUGUGGAGAAGAUGUAGCCAGAGCAAUGGCUCUCAGCGAGAUGGGUGUCCUGCCAGACAUCUGUAGACGACUUCUGGCACAAGAAGACGACCGUCCUCCAAACCAGGGGAAGCAACCGGACUCGGGUCCACCUCACACACACAAGAGCGAAACCCAAGGAGGGAGCCACUACAAAAACACAGAUGUUCCAUCAGGGAGCAUGGACAACAUGCCAAAGAGCCGGGAGAGGCCUACAAAAAAUAACGACUACACACCUGUAGGCCGCAGCAGCUCUUCGUCUUCUUCAGCUUCAUCUGCUGACGACACAGAGAACAGCGCCACGAGAGUUGAAAUUGGCAUAAUUUUGCUUUUGUCUCUCGUCUGUGUAAUUGUAGCUUUUGAGUAGGUAAUACGCUUCGGAAAAAUUGAGCAUAAAGAUAAAGAUGCCUUUAAAAAAUCCCAAACUUAAAACAGGAUGUUAAGCAACGUCAUUGCUGAUUGGUGCCUAGUUUUGCAAACAUCGAAAUCAAAUGUGCGUGUGUGUCUUUGUGUAUGUUUGUAUAUUCGUUUAUGUGAAUGCGCUGGCGCGCGCGCG